CGUUUUCAAAUUGGAGUAUGACGUAGGGAAGGGGGCGGUCCCACGGCGGCCCGAGGUGCAGCAGCGCGAAAGCAGGAAAAGCUGCUUCCAGACAAACGCAGCUUGUCUGUUUCCAGCAUGAGGAGGAGAAGCAGCUCCAGCAGGAGAAGCCUUUCACUCCGGAGACCAAGUGACAGCGAGACUUUCGAUGAAUUCGGCUUCGCUGUAACUAAAAGGAAGGAGCAGAAAGUUCAUCACCGGUGUCACCAUUACAGCUCCCCCCAGCUGAGCAGUGGGAGGCACCGGGAGCUGUGUGAGCUGCUCAGCUACUGGAACGCCUCCAGCUUCCUCUGCAGGAGUCAGAUGGAGCGGUUCAUCAGGAUGGGCAUUCCCUCCAGCCUGCGGGGCAGAGUGUGGAAGAGCCUUCUGAACAUCCACGCUCUGAGAGAAACCACCCACUUCCACUACCUGACAUGUUUGUCAGAAGUGCGACAGCCUUUGGUGGACCUGGGCAUCAGUGAGUACGGUAUCCUGUCUGCCAUCACCAUGCUGAGCGACACGCAGAACCGUCUAACCUCCGUCCCAUCAGAGUCUGACAUCUCUCUGUUCAGGCAGAUCGCCUUGGACCUGCAGCGUUCCUUCCCAACCCACCGAUCUCUGAUGGGGGAGACUCCAGAAGCCAUCGAGGGUCGGGCUAAGCUCUUCAGGGUCCUCGUCGCCCACGCAAAAUAUAACCCCGAGGUCGGCUACAGUCAAGGAAUGUCCCACAUCGCUGCAGUGCUGCUGAUGCAGCUGGGGGAGGAGGAGGAGGCCUUCUGGGCCCUGGCAGCCUUGCUGGGCCAACCCAAGUACCUGGCUGAAAUGUUUGACCUGACCAUCACCAAGGUCCAACAUCAGGCGAAGGUGUUUGAGCAGUUCUUCAAACACCGGAAACCUCAGCUGUCCCAGCACCUGGAAUCUGUGGGGGUCCUUUCAGUCCACUACGUGAUGCCGUGGUUCCUCACCCUCUUCACCUCCCUGCCCUGCUGGGACACUGUCCUUGCUGUCUGGGAUCUCUUCUUCCUCUUGGGUCUGCCGGCUGUUUUCCGCUCCGCUCUGACCAUCAUGGAGCUUCUGGAGCCUCGGCUGCUGGGACUAACAGAUGAAGGAGCGGUGCUGCCCCUGCUGCUCAGAGUCCCUGUUGACGUAGCUCAGUACUCUACAUUUGUUCCUGCCCUGUGGAGACUCGAGGUCCAAGACUGGGAGCUUAAAUGUCUGAACAGUCUGGUGCUGGAUGAAAACCAUGGAUACAGAGCAGAUAUCUGUUUCAAUUUUGGUGACCUGAAGUUAUCUUCGUCCAGUCCAAUGAAAGAAGACGACGGAGAAAAUCUGUCUGCAUCACCGGAGGAAGAGAAAACUGCUCCAAAAGAUUCAGUUUUGACGCGUGUGAUGCGUGUGGCACAGCGGUACCUCUUUGACCCUCUGGGCCAACGCCAUGUUAAAGGAAAGCGUUCACAAUCUCAGGUAGAGUCCAGACAGCUGACUGCCGAACCAAAUCAGACUGCAGCUUCAGUAAAACGACCUCAGGUGAGAUCCAGGUGGCAGAGCCAUCGGAGGGUCAAAUCCCACCCAACAGAGCUGCAGAGGAGCGGCGAUGAUUUCCUCGUGACCUUCAGAGAAGCUGCUGCGGGAGCCAACAGGGAAAGAUGUGAGCAGACCUUGAGAAGAACAUGGAUUGCGUCUCAUCGUCGUAGCAACCACAGAAUCAUCCGCCGUGUCAGAACAAAGUCUCUCGAUCCAGUGAACCUGACGCCUCCUGCCCCUGUCCAUCCUUCAGGCUCCAGGUCCAGCAGCACCUCCAGUGCAGAGCAUCUCAACACGUCCAGUGCCGCUCUCAUGACAGAGGCGUCACACGGUCAUCAGAGUGGCGCCCGGGUCGGGAAUACCAGAGAGUCUCGGCUGAUCUGAGGGUCAAUGAAGACGGAAAUAGGAUUGUUAUGAACAUGAUUUUAGAGUGUCAUGUUUUUGUCUUUAUGUUUUUGGUUUUAAGCUGCCUGUUUUUGUGUAGAAACUCAAAGAUCUACUUUUGAAACUUUUUUGUUUAUGCGCUGUUGCUGGUUGCUCUUCCAGUUGUCCUCCAGCCUUUCUUGCUCCUGUUGUAGCUACAAAUAAAAUAUUGAUCUUGCUUUC